UGUAUUUUCAUUUUUGUUAUGGAAAAGCCAUUACUGAAGCCCAGUCUGUACUCAGCAUGUUGGCCAUAACGCAGUAAAUCGAAUUUUUCGAGGCAAAUUUCGACCCAACUAAAGUUCAAUCUUGUAUCUAGCAGACCUCUAGUCUGUUGGGGUGGCUGGAAGAAAUCAUUUUCCCAUAGAGGUUGUGUCCAUUUUGGAGACUGAAUCACACCACGAAACACAAUAAACGGGGGUGUGCUAAAUACCCUCUGAAGUAUGGAUCGCCUCGGGGCUAGAUGUGGCGUUUUCACUCUAGUGCUUCUUGUGUUCUUCGUAGACUUUUCGUCACGCACAGUCCAACAGGAUUACUGCACCCAUCAUGUCAACCUGACCUUCUCCGCCUGUCAGACCAUAGAGCUGUUAGGCCAACAGGACGCCAUGGUACCGUUGGACAACAUCACCUAUCUUCCUAACAUUUUCGGCCACGAGACCAUGGCACAGGCUGUAGCUGGGUACCACGAUUUCUACCCGUUCCUGCAGGUGCAGUGCUCUCCCCAUCUGCAGCAGUUCCUGUGCUCUGUGCUCUUCCCUAGGUGCUUUCCUGGAAUGUCCAUGCCUUUCCUCCCAUGCAGGAAUUUCUGUCAGCGCGUGAGGGAUGAUUGCACGAGUGGGGUCGCCCUAGGUGUCGCCUGGCCAGAGAGCCUGAACUGCGACAGAUUUGACGAAUACGAUUCCGAUAGCUUCUGUUUCGAUCCCUUGUUAGGCGAGGAUGAGGAUGAUGAAGGAAAUGACAGUGAGGGUGAAGAUUCAUCCAAAGUCACACCUACGCCGACGGUGAUUCAUCCUGAACCAUCCCAACGCUGCCAGCCACUCCCCAAUGACCCGAUCUGCCAGGCAAUGUCGUACUCCACCGUCAUCUUCCCAAAUAUUGCCGGUCAACAAAACCCUACGGAAGCCCUGGUAGAGCUACACAAAUACAGCGUGUUCAUGUCGGAAGGACGGCAGUGCUCCGAUCUGCUGAGAAGCUAUUUGUGUCUGGCUUACCUUCCGCCUUGCAAGAUUAUUGAAGAUGUCACCGUGCCGAUCCCGCCCUGUCGGUCGCUGUGUCAGCAGGUUCUUACCAAGUCCUGUCUGUCCGUCAUUGAUAUUUUUAGGAUGAAACUUCCUCCGAGUGUGACUGACUGCUCGGUCUACCCGACGCAAAGUGACUCGUAUCCGACAUGUCUCAUGCCAGGGGUACACUAUGAUCCGCUGGUGUCUCCGCUGCCGCCUACGGUCUUACCGGGCUUGUACUCGUUUCAAUGCGAUGAGGACGGCUGCGUUGACGUGCUGCAUGCGAAAUGCCAUUCCCUAUGGUAUCCGAUGACAAACUUUCCCACCGCCCUGGGUUACACCACCAUGCAGGAAGCCGUGGACGACUUGGACAGCCUGGCAUCGCUUAUUGACUCUGGAUGCUCGAAGGAGCUCCAGCUAUUUGCUUGCAUUGGGGCAUUGCACCCGACGAGUUUGGGUCAACAUUCGCUGUGGCCGCUACCGUGCCGGAGUGUCUGCGAGGACGUUUGGAAAAGUUGCCGCACGAAAGCGGAAGAGCUGCUGGAAAAGCGGCCACGGUUGAUGCAGUGCCAUUUGUACCCUACAAAAGACUGCGAUUCAGAUAUGAAGAGACCCCAAGAGCCAGUGACAAUCCUGAACGCCAGCCGAGUCAACUUAACCCAUGGCAUUGUCGAAUUUAUCAAGGAAGUGGGGUACGUCACGUAUGACAAGAUUUCACGAAAGAGUUUUUCAAGAGACACUUACUGGGAUAUUGAGAUGUAUGAUACAGGCCCAAAGAAGAUAUAUAUUAAGUUGUACGACACGGCCGGAUGUCAUGUGGUGCUGUGGCCUCUGAAUGCCCAUGGAUUAGGAGCUCAGCCGUCAGCUGUCUGGAUUCCUCCGUAUGUCAUCGAGGCCUUGCCAGAACACUGCGAACCAGCUGACAUAAUGCACUGCAGCCGACUUGGCUAUGACACAGUCGUUCACCUUCAUGGCCGUUGGCAGUGGGACCCCCCCUACAGGCUGCUGACUGAAUGGCAAGAUUACUUCUCGGAAGAGUUACUGGAGUCUGGCGAUGGAUGUUUAUCACGUCUACACGAGCUACUAUGCGCCAUCGUGACACCCCCAUGCCCAACUCAGUCUCAGAGUUUGCGCUAUCCAUGUCAAGAGUUCUGCAAGAGCGUCCAAAGCGCGUGCAAGGCCUCCUCAAUCAUGGACGAACUUGACUGGCUACUGGAGACUUUGCCCUGCAGUUACUUCAGACAUGAGACAGACUCGAGCUGCAUUAGAGAAUUUGAUUGGAUGACAUCUGAGGCUUCUCUGCACAGAAAUGCACAUGCUGGAUAUUUCGAAGCGGGCGUGAGGGUGUACUGCUUAGUAGAGGAAGAGACACCGGAAUCACCGCCAGAGUUCUACGGUCCUGAUGGCAAACUCAUUCCACCGACUUUACCUUCUGAUCGGUCGCUGUCAGGGAGGCGUGUCAUUCCACUUUCCCCCCGGAUGACAAUACUCUACUUCGACAAGGUUCCUCUGGAAGAUGCUGGGACCUACGCGUGCAAAUCGGCUGGAGGGACAUUGCCACGCACGACCGUCAUCACACCUCCUUUAAGAUGUCCACCAUCUCUCAACCACACUUUAUGUGCACCGUUCGUGCGUACCGGCUUCGUCCAGUCCCCUAAUGUGUUCGGUCACACCUCUCAAUAUCAAGCCCUGGUCUCCUCCUACCAUUUCCUGCCUCUGCUGAGCACCAAAUGUUCGUCUGAUCUCCUGGAACUGGUUUGCGCCUUCUACGCCCCAGAAUGUGAAGCUGGUUCCGGGACAAUGCAGGAAAUUAAUCUACCAUCGCAGAGGUUGUGCCGCAACGUGAAGAGUGCAUGCGCCGAGGCUACAGCAAGCAUCGGCUUUAAAUGGCCGUCGGAAAUCAACUGCGACAAACUGCCAUCUUACGACGACCAACCUGAAGAACAAAUGGGCUCCACCAAAAAGGACUGCAUCAAACUCCGCCGUUACGACAUCAUAGAUAAAGGUAUUGAUAGGCUAUUUUACGGCUGGGCUGACGUGCAAGGACAGGGUGCUGCGAACGAUUACUGCAGAGUUGUCUCAAUUGGCCAAUUCAAGAUGUUGUCCUGCGCACUGGCUGGUACUCAGGGUCAAAGCCAAUACAACUACAACUCUCCCAAUCCAGAGAAUUGGCUUGACCUGGGUCACACGGACACGUGGUACAUGAAAGACAAAGAUGGCGACGGAAGAGACGAUUAUUGUAGGUGUGUUGGAGCGGCAGCUGGUACCCACAUGUCGUGCUUGAGAGCCGGAUACGAGGGCUUUGAGGAUGAAUUCGAACCAGAGGGAAUCACUUACGAAGACUGUCAGUAUAUCAAAGUGAACAAGAUCUUUGGUCCCAGUGACCAGCAGUAGAGCAGUUUAAAUGACAAUUAGGAUUUAUAAUACCUAACAUUGCCGGAGACAUGGUGUAAAUUCUCACAUUUAACUGUAGCGCUAACGGUUUUGACAAUGUAAUGAAACAGAUAUAUCCAUGGUAAAACAGUCAAAGUCAUAUUCUGCUUUCUUGUGGAAAUAUUCCUAACUAAAUGCAUGCUUAACACAUGUAAGAAAUAUUUUAGAAAAAAAAUAGGUUCUCAACAAAAAAUAUUCGGUUUUUUCAGUUACACGCAAUUAGAAGUUUUCUCAAACUACUUAGAGACAUUUUACGUAAAUCCAUGUACUUGUAAUUAUCAUUGUUUUCCUUAUAGGGAUGCCAAUAUUUGAUUAGUGCAAGUUUCUUUCAUAUGUUGCAUUAAUAUCCCUUUUACUGCGACACUGAAAGACAACUUAUACAUUACUAAGAGUUGUCUCAAUUGGCCAGUUCGAUAUGCUGUACUGCGCGGCCGGCACUCAGGGCCAAAGCCAAUAUACAACUGUCCCAAUCAAGAGAUUAGGCUUGACCUGGGUCACACGGACACGUGGUACAUGAAAGACAAAGAUGGCGACGGAAGAGACGAUUAUUGUAGGUGAGAUCAACUUUGAACCUUUUGACCUGGGGGGAAGUAUGUUUGCGACGACAGAAACUAGAGGAGAGCGCAGUUACGACGGUAGAAUAAGGAAAACGCCUGUGGUGUGGCAACGUUCCUGGUGAAUUGAAAGAUUGUACCUUAUUUUGUUCACUAUCUUGACGACUAGGAGAACCAUGGCUGUUAUUAUGCUGACUUUCCUCUGUUCAUGAAUAGUAUUACUAUGAAACGAACUGGAUACACUUUGGUGAUUAAAGAAAAAAAAUAUGGGAGAGAGGCCAAACUGGUUUGUGUUACCCAAAUUCACUCUUGAAACACAGAUACGCCGAGCAUAUCACUGCAAAGAAUAUAUUCUACGUAUCGUCAUUGCAUGCUUAUCCCGUUGCUUCAUCUUGUCGUGUGAACCUGCAGGAAAUGCUUCAUAUCAAUUAAUUUGCCUUUUCUGAGUUGUUAGAAGCCGGUAACCUUAAAUGUUCUGAUGGCUAUUUUUCAAACAUGGAACCUAGGUUCCAUAAAGCUUUUUUAAAGCUUGGGGUUAUUUUUUGUCCGUGGACCAAUUUACUUUUUCAAUCAUUUGAAAAUCUAACUUCAAUUAAUUAGUUUGAAAUUAAAUUGAAAAUGAAAAACCCAAACAAUGGUGGCCUGCUGGUCAGACUGCCAGAUGUGACUUGCCUUAAGAAAUUAAAAGUCAAAGACCAAGUGGACUCAGUGGCGCAAGCCUCCGUCAAGGUAUCAAGUCACAUGCAGUAUGAUUAUGAUCUAUGCUCACCGUUGGACCAAACAAUUUGAGGAAUGAUACCAGGGCAUUAUCCAUCUUGAGCAGAAGGACCCCCUACUGGGUUGAAAAGAGUCAUGGUGGGCAGGAGUGUUUAUUUCACUGGUAGCGACGUGCCCAUAACGAGUUUUAGUGUAGUCGUUUGUGAACCAGGAAGUGCAGUUCCGACCCAAAAGGAACCUCAGUUACUUGGAAAACUGCGCCCUCUCUUGGUCCAGCUCGGGACUCAUAGAGCUUGAUGCUGUCCAUUGCCCAUUAGACAGAAAUAAUAAUUGAUUUCACCCCUUAUAUAUCCACAAACAACACUCGGUUGAAAUAGGCAAGAAGGAAUACCGUAAAAUAAGAAAGAUCACAACAUUCCCAUAGCUUCUUGAUUAAUGAUCACCUUAUAGCGAGUUAAAAACCUAAAUUAUAAUCUAGGACACACAUUCACACGUCCCCCAAUAUGUCAGUGCAGAUCUUCGCUAUUCUCAUUUCGCGGUGUUGUGUUUAUACACGUGUGUUGGUACGGCACCAGAUACCCACCUCUCUUGCUUGAGAGCCGGACACAAGGGCUUUGCGGAUGAAUUCAAACCAAAGGGAAUCACUGAAGAAGACUGUCAGUAUGUCAAAGUGGACAGGAUCUUCGGUCCCAUUACCAGCAGUAGAGCAGUCUAAGUGACAAUAAGGAUUUAUAAUACCUAUAAUUGCCCGAGACAUGGUGUAAAUUCACACAUUUAGUUUUGACAAUGGAAUGAAACAUGUAAAUCCAUGCCUCGUAUUAUGCCUCAUAUUUUGCCUUCUUAUGGAAAUAGAUUUAGCUAAAUAAAUGCUUAACACGUAUAAUGAUGAUAAGAAAUAUUAUGAAAAAUAAACUCACAAAUCUUCCGCUGUAUCAGUUACACGCACUUAGGACAAGUUUUCCUCAAACUAUUCAAAAACAUUUAAAGAAAAUCACUUUUAAAAAUAAGUUGCAGGCUGAAAACACUUGUAAGUGAAGGAAAAGACCCUUAAAAUCAAAAAAGUCCUAGGCCCAGCUGGGCUUUGAAAACUGGAGUUUUAAAUUUCCCGAAGCUACCUCAAAGAACUCCCUUGCCGUACUUGGGAAAAAAGCCACCUUAAAUGCCACUCUCAUGCUAUGUAGCCUUUUGUUUUACGAGUAACAUAUUGGAAAUAUGCCGAAUUUCUAUCCCUGAAAAGGUAAUUAACUUUAAAGCAUUUAGUAAACAAAAACCUCAAAUAUACACAAACGAGCCCAUACGUCGCCAAGCCCCGGAUACGGAGUUUUAAAACCCCCGGGCAGAUUGCGCCCAGGUUAAGGUUGCCAUUAUUUAAGGCUGAUUUAGCUCCUACCCCUGCUACACAUGACAAGUACUGCGGUAUGAAAAAUACCUGUAAGGCACAGGAUGCGCGCUUUUUUGCUGUUGUUGUGAGCAUCGGCCAAAAAUGUUUGCGGUUUACGGUUUAUUCGAUGAAUGUUGCUGCGAAGCGGUUUUUUAAAAGAACUGAUAUACAGGCGUGUGUUUUGUACCACAUGUUCUUUUUACCAUGAGACGCGUUAAAAACACGUCAAACUAAUAAAAAGCCGUAGGAAAGCGUUAUACCAGUAGGCCUUUAUCAAAAUAUACCGUCGUCAUGUCAGUGCUAAGAGGCAUUGAAAGGUCCUCACUGAAAGAUACUUUUUUAAACAUUAAAUUGGGCAACAAAUUCAAGUAAAUAUGUUGGCCCAAGAAAAGUUGUAUCAUAAACAAAAGUACAACAGGUGUAGUCUGUUUCAAUACAAUGUUUCUCUCAUGCUCAGAGUGAGGCCGUAAGAGUAUUCUCAAAAAUUACAUUUUUGCUGUAAUGACGUUUCCGAACUUUGAAGCUGGCGAUGUGUACUAAUAUCUACUGCUUGGAGAAACUGC